CGGAGCUCAGGGACUGUGCUGUGAAGGUUUCCUUUUAUAAACCUACAGGUAAUACAAAGACAGUUUUAAAAAGAUCUGUUCAUCAGUGAAUUCUGAAAAAUAAAAUCUGUGAUGGGAGAAAACUGAAGAAAAAAGUAAAAGCAGUCAUGAAGGUCCAGAAGGGAUGGAGCUGCUCUGUGUUCUUUCUGCUCCACAUGACACACGUCGCCUGGACACAGAUCUUUCAAGUUGUUGCACCUUCUUCCGCUGUUCUUGUUUUUCUUGGUGAAGAUGUCACCCUACCCGCCUCACUCUCACCAGUUAUUAGUGCUCAGAGGUUUGAAGUGAGGUGGUUUCGAGACGACUUUGACUCUCCAGUACUUUUGUACCAGACUCUCCAAAUCAGACCUGAGCGUCAGAUGCAGGCCUAUAAGGGAAGAACAGCACUGUUCCUAAAAGAGCUCCAGAACGGAAACGUGUCUCUGAGACUCCAGGAUGUCCGUGUUUCUGAUGGUGGCCUCUACAAAUGUUUUGUGGACUCUGGACCAUGGAAUGAAGAAGUUCACAUCACUCUGAAAGUUGAAGUUUUGGGUGGUCAGCCCUCCAUUUCCAUCAACUCUACAGAGUACCAGCAGACCAGACUGGAGUGCAAGGCUGACAAGUGGGGUGCCACACCAGACGUGACCUGGAGGGACAUGAAUUGGAGUGGACGUGACGCCUGAGUCCAGUGUCACUGAAGAGCGGGACAAUGAGGGAUUUCUCAGAGUCAGGAGUUUCAUCUCCAUCAAGCAGGAGUUCAACGUGUUCUCCUGUCUCAUGAGAAGUAAAGUGCCAAAGCCUGACUGGCAUUCAGGCCUCACAGUCUACGUUUUCUCACCAGGAGUCUCAGGUUGGUCAGUGGUCUUCUGGUUAUCGUUGUUUCUUUAUGUGGCUAUGGCGGGUUUGCUGAUAUAUCAAUGGAGGAGAAUGAGAG